AGAGAGAGAGAGGCUUAAUGGAAAUCGAGAGGAAGCUGCUGCGUCUCCUCCACGGCCACAGCACUCGAACCCGAUUACCCGAGAUCCACGCCCAUCUCCUCCGCCACUACCUCCACGGCUCCAAUCUCCUCCUCGCACACUUCAUCUCCAUCUGCGGAUCCCUCCGCUACUCCGACUACGCCUCGCGCGUCUUCUCCCACAUCCAAAACCCCAACGUCCUCGUCUUCAACUCCAUCAUCAAAUGCUACUCCCUCGUCGGCCCUCCUCUAAAGUCCCUCUCUUUCUUCUCCUCCAUGAAAUCCCGCGGAAUCUGGGCCGACGAGUACACCUACGCGCCUCUCCUCAAAUCGUGCUCGUCGAUUUCUGAUUCACGCUUCGGGGAAUGCGUUCACGGUGAGGUUGUUAGGACCGGGCUGCACCGGCUCGGUUCGAUUCGGAUUGGGGUCGUUGAGCUUUAUGCUUCGAGUGGGAGGAUGGGUGAUGCUCAGAAGGUGUUCGACGAAAUGCCUGAGAGAAACAUUGUCGUUUGGAACUUGAUGAUUCGAGGGUUCUGCGACUCCGGGGACGUUGAGAGAGGUCUUGGACUGUUCAGGAAGAUGGGUGAGAGGAGCGUAGUGUCGUGGAACUCGAUGAUAUCGAGCUUGUCUAAAUGUGGCAGGGGCCGUGAGGCUUUGGAGCUUUUCUGUGAAAUGGUUGAUCAAGGCUUCGAUCCAGACGAGGCCACUGUGGUGACGGUCUUGCCCAUCUCUGCAUCUCUCGGAGUUUUGGAUACUGGAAAAUGGAUUCAUUCUACUGCAGAAGCCAAGGGUUUGGUUAAAGAUUUUAUCACCGUGGGAAACGCUUUGGUAGAUUUCUACUGCAAAAGUGGUGACGUGGAGGCUGCGACGGCUAUAUUCAAGAAAAUGCAGCGGAGAAACGUGGUUUCGUGGAACACAAUGAUAUCUGGAUCAGCGGUGAACGGGAAUGGAGAGUUCGGGAUAGACUUGUAUGAUUCUAUGAUCGAGGAAGGUGAAGUAGCUCCAAACGAAGCGACGUUCUUGGGGGUAUUAGCAUGUUGCUCAUACACUGGUCAGGUUGAGAAAGGAGAGGAGUUGUUCCGUUUGAUGAUGGAGAGAUUCAUGCUUGAGCCGAGCACCGAGCACUACGGUGUAAUGGUUGAUUUAAUGAGUAGGAGCGGACGGAUCAAAGAGGCCUUUGAGUUUCUCAAAAGUAUGCCUGUAAAGGCCAAUGCGUCGAUGUGGGGUUCGCUUCUCAGUGCUUGUCGCAGCCACGGAGAUGUAAAGCUAGCAGAGGUUGCAGCCAUGGAGUUGGUGAGGAUUGAGCCUGAGAAUUCAGGGAAUUAUGUGUUGUUAUCUAAUCUGUAUGCAGAGGAAGGGAGAUGGGAAGAUGUAGAGAAGGUAAGAGCAGUGAUGAAGAAGAGAUCUCUGAAAAAAUCUACAGGCCAAAGCAGUGUUUGCAAUGUAUCAUCCUAAGAAGUAUUCUUCGAAAUCAUAAUGAUUACUACUUCACAAUCAGA